AUGGUUAUCGAAAAAUUGCACGGUUUGCAAGCUACAGCAUUAACUCUCAAUGAACGGUUCACGAUAUUGUCGAAGGUGGUCCCUGAACGGAAUAUACGAGCCAGGACUCCACAAAGGCGCGCGAACUUUGGCUCCUUAAAUCUAAACAACAAUCGGAAUAUAAUUGAACAAAUUGCAAGGAAGUUACAACAACAAGUUAAACGGCAAGCAGUAAAACAACGCUUGGGCAUGAUGCGCCGUUAUGGGAGUGAGAGCAGUUUACCCGGGUUGAGGCGGUCCAACAGUUUUGGCAACCUUAAUGAGAGGCAAAGCAUAAAAAAUAGAAUGCACUGGCAGCAGUCCAAUAAUAAUUUGAGCCGAUCUGCUUCGUUCGGAAACCUCUCCCAAGGCGGUUUGCGUGGACGUGGCUUCCGUCGCAGGGGUGGGAGGCCUUUCGGUCUGCGAGGGAAGCUGCGAACCAAUGCAACAUUCGCUCCGGGCGGUCGCUGGCAGUUUAGGCGUACGUUCGGUCGGAAUUUCGGGAAGACGGUUGGCCGCACACAAACCCUUCGCCGUCAGACGCGUGGCCGUGGCAGAGGUGGCAUUUUGAGGAAUCGAGCUACGAAGGCAGUCCCAACCCGGGAGGAACUGGACGCCCAGUUGGACCAAUACAUGGCAAGCACCAAGUCGGCGCUGGACAAGGAGUUGGAUGCAUACAUGAAGAGUGCAAUGGAGUUAGAA